AUGAUAAAAGCUGUGAAGAAGCUCAAGUUUUGGUCAAGAAAGAAGAGAAAAAAGAAAACUCACCACCACCAACCCUAUUAUCCUCCUCCACCACCAACACGACCAGCACCGCUGCCACCCGGACCCAGGCAUCAUUGCUGCUCAUGCUCAUCCUCCACCUACUCAACUCAGCCCUCAGCUCCACCCUUACCUCCAUGGCUGGAUUCCGAGUACACCCAUGAGGCUCUUUUUGCACCUCUAGUCCAACCUGCCCCAGAAUUUGGCUACCAAGCAGAUCCAAGACAACAAGAACCUACUAUGAAAACCAACGCAGGCAGUGGCACCACCAGCAUCUAUCCAACCUCAUCAUCUUAUCAGCAAUACAUGGUUCCAGAUCCUGUGUAUGGAGUACCAGUUGCACAAACACAAACACAAACAACAAGAGCCACAAGAACGGAGAGAUCCGCUGCUGCCGGGGUCUUCGGUUGUGUUGUUGACUUUGGCAUCCGUUUCUUUCGUUGUUUCUGUCCCUGCUUUCACAUUCGAGAAGUAGUCCUCCAGUAA